AUGGCAGAAUUUGAUCAGUAUGAAGCUAAACCUUCCACAUCAAGCAGCAGGUUAAAGCUCUUUGGCGUGAACGUAGCCAAGGAUGAUGAUGCCACCAAAACACCAUCUGUCUCCGACAUCACCCGAAAAUACGAGUGUCACUACUGCUGCCGUGAGUUCGCUAACUCACAGGCUCUCGGAGGUCACCAGAACGCCCACAAGAAAGAACGUCAGCACCUCAAGCGAGCUCAAAUUCAAGCCACUCGGAGAAACCCAAUCAUCUCCAUCUCCGCCUUCACUCCCCCACCUCACCUCCUCCCACACGCCAACAGGAUCAUACUUCCCUCCCCCUUUACGCCUUCAUCACGGCUCUACGUUCCACGUACCAAUCCGGCUGGCCAUGGAUGCAUCUCUUCACCGUCGCAGAGUGGACCGCUACGGAGUACGUUAUCAUCAUCUGCAGGCGGCGUAGGGGAGUCGUUAAGCUCUACGCCUCAGCCUAAUAGCCGAUCCCAUGGACCCGGCUCUGAUCACACUACAUUUGGACUUGACUUGCAUCUGAGACUUUAA